AUGAAAGUUGUUUAUAUCAUUCGAAAAUUGACAGUUAACUUUAUUUUUCAAAUAUUUGUUAAUUCCAUAACAUUAUGUGCUACAUACGGACAGAUUCAAAUGGAGUUAACCGAUCCGAAUGGAAUGAAUUCUGGGAUGGGAUAUACUAAUGUGGUGCCUGGUGAUUCUGUUCAAGUCACUCAAAUGGGUCCAAAUGCAAUAGCUACAUCUGAUUCAUCUCAAGUACCAACACCUGUUCAAAGUACAGUUACUGUAAGUACAGAAAAUACAGGGGGUGAAGAUUUUGCAGCUGGAACUCGAAACUCAAAUAUCCAACCAGCAUCUUCAGUUGUUGGAAUCUUCCCAUCAUAUCGUCCGCAAUAUGGAUUUCCAGGUUAUUUUCCUACUGUUCCCCCAGGGAAAGGAAUUGUACCCGGUAUCAGCUCACCAUCAGACAACAUAAUUGUUGCUUCUUUCCCUGGGGGUACUCCAUCUGUCACACAGCCAGCAAAUGCUGGAUUCCCAGGUGGAGUUUUACCAGUUACACCAGGAGUAAAAUCAGGGUCUUCAGUUUCUCCAACUGCUACACUUACUCAGCAAACUGUAGAAUCUGUUUUGUCAUACCUAGCCUUACAUCAUCCGGAAAUAUUUCGUAAAUAUUUAUAUCCUAAGCCCUAUCAAAGGCCGUACAUCGGUAGUUGGUUGAGAGAAAUUCCACCUCUGUACAAAUAUGGUGAUGAUGGAGUUAACCAGCCAUAUGGGGACGCCUAUCAACCUGAUCCUUAUGAUUACUAUGAUCCAGUUGAUUCAGACCUACACUAUUGGCCAAGAAGAAAGAAACCAUUGGGUGGGCUAAGACGUAGGAGACGAUACAACAUAUAUAGACGUUUUACCUAA